AUGUUCGACACAACGCUGAAGACGCCGACGGGCAAGGUCACAUUCAACUAUGUCAUCUCGACGCCCACGCAGACAGCAGUGAAGAAGGUGCCCAAGGCCGAGCGAGGGCUGCCCGCCGUCGUGUUCCUACACCCAGUGUACAUCGGAAAGGUCAUCUACCACCCGCAAUUCGCAGACGCCCAGCUGCGCCGCUUCACACUCGUCGCCCUUGACUUGCGCUGCCAUGCGAAGACCGUAGGCCGGGCCGGAGCGGGGUAUGGUCGGGAGGUGGCGGCACAAGAUGUCGCGCUCGUCAUGGCCUCGCUCGACAUCGAACAGUACCACAUUUUCGGCAUGUCUAUGGGCGGUUGCGUCGGGCUCCAGACCGCCAUCCUCUUUCCCGCGCACGUGCUCUCCGUGUUCGUUGUCUCGAGCCUUCCGCUGACCGAGCCGGAGGAUGUCGCCGAGGGAAGGCAGGAGAUCUGUGACUGCUGGGCGGAAGGCGCGCGGAACAACGGCGGGAAGGGUGACUUGAAAGCGGAGGACAGCGCGAUGCGUGACGCCUUCACCGGAGCGGCGCAAUUGAGCGUCAACGGGGAGCCGAACGAGAUGUUUAAUGCCAUCCUGGCGCGGUCUAUCGAGCUCCUCGGGGACAAGUGGCCAAAAGAGCGCCUCGAGGACUGGCAAGUGAGCACCGUGGACUUCUUCACGCUACGCAAGGCGUACACGCUCGACUCUCUGAGCAAAAUCCGCUGCCCGAUCCGCCUGAUCCACUGCGGUGCGGACAUCGCCUACCCUCUCGACGCAACAGAGGAAGUCGCCAACCGGCUCCGCACCGCCGGCGUCCAGGACGUAUCUGUCCAACAGCUCGCCGGCGCACCGCAUUUCGGCGCAGUCACGCAUCCCAAAGAGAUCAAUGCGCUGUACCACGAUUUCUUGUCCGCGCUGAUCCCGCCCGAGAGCCUCCCACCGCUGCCCCCGCGCGAUAGGAUCGUGUCGCCGUGGCUGGCCGAGCUGCGCAAGUGUGGGCUCGAAGAUGAGAGCGGCGAGGAUGAUUAG